AUCUAUUAUAUACACACAGCACACGCAGCAAAAAUAUCGGCCUCACCUCUGUCAAAACUCGGCGUUGUUCAACAGAAUCUUUUCCCAUUCCAAUAUUAUUAUUCCCCACUCUUUCUCUCUCCCCACCAUUUUCACACUCAUUUUUAACGCACGAAAAUAUAUACAUACACACAUACAUACAUUAAUUGAUCGGAGAGCAGAAAACGAAAAUUAGGAGAAGAUCGGAGAUCUGACAGAAUAAUGGCAUCAUUAUUUUCGUCGGAACUCACCUUAGAUUGUAGGUUUUCACCGAAUUCGUGCUAUAAGGAAACAAUCGGCGGAAUCUCUGCACAAGUUUCGAGGAGUGAAGCUCUAUCGGAGAAGAUUUCGGAGCUCGUCGAUUACGUUAACAGUCUGCAGGAUGAGAUGAACAAGAUCGGCGGUUUUAAACGCGAGCUCCCUCAUUGCAUGCGCCUCCUUAAGGAAGAGAUUGGAAAGAUGAAGGAGGAGAUGGCUGAGCUCGAGAAAUGUAACGCCGAGCCGCCGGUGCUGGAAGAAUUCAUACCGUUGAAGAAAAUUUGCACCGAUGAAAAGGAUGAUGAUAAAGUUGAAGGCAACAACAAAGAAAAGGAUAAGGAUGUUAGCAGCAAAGAGAAAAUGAAUUGGAUGAGCUCUGUUCAGCUAUGGAACUCCGACGCUAAUAACCAGAAUCCAGAUACCGAUUUCAACAACAACAAAUUGAGCUUAAAACCAGAGAACAAGAAAAAGAGAAAGGAAGAAGAAGUGAAUCGGGGGGUGAUGGAUGAUUUAUCCCAGAGUGGUAAAAUCAGGACAGUGGGGAGAGCGUUUGUGCCUUUCAAAGGGUGUGCGAAUUUUCCGGUGAUGACUGUGGGGAAGGAGGAUAAGAAUGUGUUGACUGUUCCGAAGCUGUCUCUUUGUACACCUGAAAUCAAGAAUUCGAUGGAUGCGAUUACCUCUAUUAGUUUUAUCCCAAAAUCCAGUUCUAGCAAAUUAGGAUCGCUUUCCUCAACUAAUAUUCGGUCGAGUUUGAAAUCUGGACAGCAGCAGAAUUCUAGGAAGCAAAGAAGAUGCUGGUCGCCUGAGUUGCAUCGCAAGUUUGUCAAUGCCCUGCAGAGCCUUGGUGGUUCUCAAGCUGCUACUCCUAAGCAAAUCCGAGACCAUAUGCAAGUCGAUGGUCUCACUAAUGAUGAAGUGAAGAGUCAUUUGCAAAAAUUUCGGCUCCACACUCGAAAAGCAACAUUAAAAUCUGGUGGUAUGUGGAUGUCACAAGAACAGUGCGGCGAAUCGUCAAAGCAGAACAACUGCCAGUCUGGUUCACCUGAAGGACCUCUUCAGUUAGGUGGUUCAUCUGUAGGGUAUAGCAGUGAAUACGAAGACGACGACAAAUCUGAGAGCCACACUCACUUAUCUGUGAGAGAUUCAUAAUUUUUAUAUACAUCACACCAAUGAGUUUUGCAGAUACCAAGAGAGAUUAACGGGACACGACUUCGAUCGUAAUAAUCGAUUUUAUAUAUACAAUACAUAUAAAAAAAAUCUUGAGGUAGAGUGUAAGAAAUUUUUGCAGGUUUUUCUACCUGCUACCGGCUUUUUUAUUUAUUUAUAAUUAGUUUUUUUUAACUAUCGUUUGUUCUUGUUUCAUAAGGAACUUCUAGUUUUUUAAAGUCCAUUUCUUGA